GGUGGAGAAGGGCAGUUGUCCAUGGUAACCCUUGGGUGAGAGACUCGCCUAGUUAAAGUAACCAGACUGAUUGCAUAGACUUCAGACAACCAUGUGAAAGGGAAUCCACCGUCAGAGAAGAGGCCACGUUUUGAUCACCAUGGUGGAUGUGAAGUGUCUGAGUAACUAUCAAUUGUACAAGCAACUUAUGAUGCUUGGGUUCACACCUGGCCCAAUAAUACCUUCCACCAGAAAGAUGUAUGAAAAGAAGCUAGUGCAGCUGUUGGCCUCGCCUCCCUGUAAACCACCUGUCACGAAGAGACCCACAAGACUGCACAGCUCUCAGGACAGCGAUGACAGUGAAGAUCCAGCCGUAAAUAUCGUUUUGAAAGGAAAUAUCAAAUUCUCAAAAAACAAAGGCAAGGAAGGCAAGAAGAGACUUGAAACUCCUACUAACAAAAGAAGAAUCUUAGACAUCUGCUACCUGAACCCGAAGCCCACAAAGGAAGUCAGGUGUGCCGCAAGACCAAGUCCGAGGGCUAGGCGUAGAUGUGUCUCCAAAGAAGACUACCGAGGCAACAAGAGACUCCAGAGCAGCUUCCCAUACCAGAAUCCCAGCAACAGCUUCCUCUGCCAGAGCCCCGAGGACAGCAUCCCAUGGGGCUUGAAGCUGGCCGUCCUUGGGAUUUUCUUCAUUGUGUUGUUUGUCUACAUAAUUGUGGAAAAGAAGCCACUCUUGGGUUAAACCCUGCAGGAGCGAGCGGGCGUCUGCGGUGUCCCGACCUUUAACAGGAACCACAGAGCUGUGCAGAAGGGCUACAACCAGGCAACCUCACCUCCGCCCUAUCACUGGCUCUCCUGGCUGUUUCUGGGUUUAGCCAGGUGGAGGAGCAAGUGCAGAACCAGGCAGCAUGGUGGUGCAUGAUGGUCUGUAAGGCAAGUAAGCCAUCAUUAAAGGAGCUAACACACCAGA